AUGGUUGGGGAACUGCUUGGUGCUUUGGAUGGCGAUGCUGAUGGGGCAGACGAAGGCGCCAAUGAUACAGAUGGGGCACUGGAUAAGGAAGGAGCUGCACUAGGCUGUAUGGAUAGACUUGGACUGCUGGAGGAACUUGGAUUUCCCGAAGGUGCCGAUGAUAUGGACGGAGCGGCACUGGGCGAGCCACUGGGAGAUGUGGAUGGGAAUUUCGUCGUAGUGGUGGGGCGGUUACUUGGAGUUGUCGAAGGUUGGUUGGAUGGCGCCAAGGAGAGUGAGGGCACAUUGGAGAUGGUUGGAUUAGCGGAUGGCAUUUUGGAUACGGAAUGGUGGAGCAGAUGGUGA